CCAGGAAACAAUCUUAUUGUCUCUGUUGAAGUGAAAAUUUGGUGAAAUGAUAGUUCUUUUGUACAUUGUGCUCGCCAUCGUGAGCAGUGUUUACUGCUUUCUCACGUGGAAUUACAAUCAUUGGCAAAAGAGGGAAAUUCCUUAUCCAAAACCUGCACUAUUUGUUGGAAAUCUUCCCGGCGCCGUGACACAAAAGCAUCACGUAGUUUACGAUGUCCAAAAAAUCUACAACCAAUUCAAGGAGCAAUACAACUUGGUUGGCAUUUUCAACAUGAGACAACCACAGUAUUUAAUCACCGAUGGAGCUUUGGCGAGAGAUAUGCUUAUCAACAAGUUCAAGAACUUUCACGACAAUGAAUUUGCCGAUAUGACCGAUAAGGAAAAAGAUCCGAUUCUCGGGCGAAAUCCAUUCAUGUUGAAGGGCGAAGAAUGGAAAGAAAAGAGAGCAGAAAUCACUCCAGCUUUCACACAACUCAGAAUUAAAGCCAUGUACCCAGUUAUCGAAGACGUCUGCGAGCGCCUGAAGAAAUACAUCUUGAAGGAAAAUCAUCAGGCAAUCGAGACGCGGGAAAUGUCAGCAAAAUUCACCACAGAUGUUGUCUCGAGUUGUAUUUUUGGCAUCGAUGCGGGAUCUUUCGCCGGAGAAAAAGCUCCCAUUCGCGAAAUGGGAAGGAGACUCAUGGAAUUCACACCAAGAAUAACGUUUUACUUCAUCGUGACUCAAUUGCUUCCGUCACUCAAGAAGAUAUACAAAAUUGCAUUUACUGAAAAAGUCGUUGAGAAGUUCUUUGAAGUCCUAAUGAAGGAUGCAAUUGACCUUAGGCAGAAAAGCAACAUCGAUAGAAUGGAUUAUCUUCACUAUCUUCUGGAAUUGCAGGAGAAAAAGAAACUCAGUGAACUCGACAUGGUUUCUCAUGCAAUUACUUUCUUCGUUGAUGGAUUCGAGACAUCAAGUAUUGUCUUGACUUACGCCCUCUUCCAAAUAUCCCGAAAUAAGGAUGUUCAGACGAAACUUAGAGAGGAAAUAAGGGAAACUUAUGAGAAACACGGGAAAAUUGACUUUGAUAUUGUCAAUGAAAUGCCUUAUCUUGAGCAAGUCUUGGCAGAAACUCUUCGUCUUCAUCCUCCGGGGACUUUCUUGAGCAGAGUCUGCACACAAUCCUGCGAAUUGCCUCUCACAGAAGACCGAAUGAUCACCAUUGACGAAGGUUCUUAUCUUAUGAUACCAAUUCACAGCAUUCAUCGCGAUGAAAGAUAUUUUGAAGACCCUGAAAAGUUCAUUCCUGAGCGUUUUGCACCAGAAAAAGGCGGAACGAAGAUUCACAAGGAAAAAGGAAGCUUUCUACCCUUUGGCGAUGGACCGAGAAUUUGCUUGGGAAUGCGAUUCGCUCAAACUCAAUUGAAAGCUGUAAUUGUGGCAAUUAUGAGAGAUUUCGAGCUCACGCUUGAUCCUAAAACUCCUGAGAAUUUCACUUUGAAUCCUAAGGAAUUUAUUCCUACAAUUCUAGGCGGAACUUGGCUGCGAUUUAAAGAAAUCAAUGGAUAAUCUCAUGCAUUUUUAUUAUGAUUAUCAUGUAUACGAUUUUAUGUUUUGAGAAUAACUGAUGAUUUAAUACAAACCGUGUAAUUUCAAUAAAACCCGCUGAAAAUACAUACGAGAUUUGUGUGAAUGUCGCGAAAUU